GCCGCAUGCGGUCGGCGUCGUGUUCGCAUCCACGAGGCCGUUUUUGAGUUUUUGGUUUGUUCGGUUGGAGAGAAGUGCGGUGGCGAUUCGGGGGCAGCUCCGCUGGAAAGCACAGCGUAACCACCGCAUGGAAAAAUCAACCGCAUAUCCAACGCAAUGAAUUAUUAACGCAACUCUAAUAAACAAAAAUGCACCUGUUAUCGAUUUUCACCUAAUGACUGUACCCGUACAAAUAACCUUAUUAUGACUGGAGUGCAACAGUGGGCAAUAAACAGUUUAAUGAAAUGUAAAAAGUGCGCCGGAGAUUCCGAAUAGAAAUUUCUGCGAGAAGAAUUCCACGAUGGAUUGGUCUUCGGUCCUUCGACAACUAGCGAUCUGCGCUUGUCUGCACUUAGCUAAAGGGCAAAAGGGACCGGAGUUAUCGAAGUUAAAAGCUUUCACACUUAGCCGAGCGGCGUUCGGGUGGGUGGAGAACUUCUGCGUUAUGGUGCUCGACUUAAGACAAUGA